CUGUUUAAUUUUAUAUAACGUAUUAUUUAUAGCCUAUCAUUUCAAAGUUAAACUGUUAUUUAUUUGCAACUGUGCAAUGACUUUUAAAAUGUCAUGCAUGUCUGUCCAAGAUGUUAUCUACUCUGUGAACGGUUUUGUUAUUUUUAGCACUGUACAUAAAGGCUUGGCGAGUUUGUUUCACAAACUAAUGUACGCGUAGACAAGGCAAGACUGUCGUAGUCAGUAUAUAAACUGUGGAAAUUAUGUAGCCUAAAUUAUAUCAUUUGGAUCUUCAUAUGUAGGCUAAUAUAAUGUAGAAUAUAUAAUAAUAGUUUCUGUAGGUAGAUAGUGAUCAGAAUCUCUGUUUGUAGUUAUUAUAGUCUUAAAUAGGUCAGUGACAGUAAAGGGUCCCAGAGUUAGUCCUGGCGGAACCGGACACUAGUUUGUCUGUCUGAUUCCGGUCAUGGAUCGGGUCCAGUAAACCCGAAUCAAAAUGGCGUCCGCCGGUCCACCCGACACGGGCUUAUCUGCCCCUCCAGGGUCCAGCGGAGUUCGAAAGAUGACCAUUACGGAGGGGCCAGGAUCAUCUCAGAGUAUGAAGAAGACCAUUGGUCACCGAGGAGUUGACCCCACAGGAGAAACGACUUACAAAAAGACGACCUCGUCCGCCCUCAAAGGUGCCAUCCAGCUGGGUAUCGCACACACCGUAGGCAGCCUCAGUCAGAAAGCUGAGAGAGACGUUCUCAUGCAGGACUUUUAUGUAGUAGAGAGCAUCUUCUUCCCCAGUGAAGGAAGUAAUUUGACUCCAGCACAUCACCACGGUGACUUCAGGUUUAAGACCUACGCCCCCAUCGCCUUCCGUUAUUUCAGAGAACUCUUCGGCAUUCGACCUGAUGACUAUCUGUAUUCUCUAUGUAAUGAUCCUUUAAUCGAACUGUCCAAUCCUGGAGCGAGUGGAUCAAUAUUUUAUGUGACAAGCGAUGAUGAGUUUAUUAUUAAAACAGUGCAGCACAAGGAGGCAGAGUUCCUGCAGAAACUACUGCCCGGGUACUUCAUGAAUCUGAAUCAGAACAAGAGAACGCUGCUCCCGAAGUUUUACGGCUUGUAUUGCGUGCAGGCGGGUGGAAAGAACAUCCGUAUUGUCGUAAUGAAUAACCUGUUGCCCCGCAGUGUGCCUAUGCACCACAAAUAUGACCUGAAGGGCUCCACGUACAAGCGCCGUGCCUCCCCUAAAGAGAGAGAGAAAAGAGUCCCCACUUACAAAGAUCUGGAUUUCAUCCAGGACAUGCCCGAGGGCAUCCAACUAGAACCGGACAACUACAACGCCCUCUGCAAAACCAUCCAGCGGGACUGCCUGCUGCUACAGAGCUUUAAGAUUAUGGACUACAGUCUGUUGGUGGGGAUCCAUAACACGGAUCAGGCAUCUCGUGAGCGAGCAGGGGCAGUCGAGGGCGGGGGGUCAGAGGGGGCUGUGACGCCAGACCACAGGAGGCCGCAGGCUCAGAAAGCUCUGUACAGCACCGCAAUGGAGUCCAUACAGGGAGAAGCCAAAGGGAAAGGAACCCUGGAAACAGAAGACCAAUGGGGAGGAAUCCCAGCACGCCACAGUAAAGGAGACAGAAUACUGGUUUAUAUUGGAAUCAUCGACAUAUUACAGUCAUACAGAUUUAUUAAAAAAAUAGAGCAUUCUUGGAAGGCCUUGGUUCAUGAUGGGGACACAGUCUCUGUACAUCGGCCUGGAUUCUACGCCGAGCGAUUUCAGCGUUUCAUGUGCAGCACAGUUUUUAAGAAAACACUAAAAUCUUCCCCCUCAAAGAAGAGUCGAAGUGGCUGUUCGAGUGUUGUAAGACGGCUUCCUAUGGGAAGCUCUGCUCCCGCCCCUGGCGGACAGACAGUUGCUGACGCCAGACUUGCGUACCGUACUCACCUUAACCAGUCCGAUACAGAAGGAGAGAGCGGCAUGCAGUCAGGCAGACCGGACCUGCUUCCACAAACCGAUCCCUUGGCUGGAAGCUCUAGUGAGUUUGCGGCAUCAAAUAUUUCCAGCUCCUCACAAGGCAGCACAGGAAUGACAUCAUCUUCACCUCCUCGAAGGUCAGUAGGGGUGGAGGUACACAAAUCUGCAGUCACUGAGCAUGACAACAGCGCCCCCCACAGCACUGGAGCCGAAUGCUUAGAUGAGCAGUUAAGCAACGAAGAUGCCAUUUCGCUCAAAGACAUCAUCCCAGAGACUGACAUUUGUUUUUAAGAGCAGAGCGAUGACUGACUGAUGACACCAGAAGCAGAGCAUUUAAACGAGAGAUGACACACAGAAACUCAAGAGAGAUGAAGGGCUAUGAUGGCGAUUUUCUCUCAAUGGGAGCUUGGGAAAGAUCUCCAGGUCCUCAGCACAAUGACACGUGUUUUAAAGUGAGUGAGAAACAGAGAGAAUGAAGAAAAGCCAUUGAGCGAAGUUGGCUUUUUCUCGUUCUCUUGCACAGGAAAUGCUGCUAAACUCAAUUGUAACCACAAACUUUAUACAGUUAUUGGAAAGGUGAUGUUAGUAUCUCAGUCACGUUCUUUACUGCCUUUGUUCUCUCUUAAACUUUUACAACAGAGCAAGCCGGAUGCACAAACAAAUUUUAGUUUUCUCUGCCUAGCUAGUGCUGGGAGAAGAAACGCGUUACAGUUGGCACCACUUUAUAUUAUCCUUGGAGGCUAUGUUGCUGUUAAAUCUUUAUUUAUAUCAGCCUUUAAACCUUUUGAUUCUCUCUGAACUGGUAUGACUUGGACUACCGGCUGCUAGCGCUCCAGUAUGUUUAUCUCAGAAGGCAUUAAGCCGACAACUUCUAUAUCUCAUGGGCUUCUGUAAAUACAUAUGAAGGUUAAUUGUUAUGACUUUUUCUUUUUGAGUAAACGUAAUGAGAGCAUCGUUUUUCCAGCUCUUUCUGUGUUGAGACAGCAUGUGCCCUAAGAGUGACAAAAGAAAAGGGAAAAAUGACCAAAAAUGAUUCCCACUUUUUAAAAAGUAAAUGCAUUUGAAUGUUACAGAUAAAAUAGCUUUGUAUCUUCUAAAUAUCCUGUAUUCAGGCUUAGUAUUUCAUGGUUAGAUUGCCUUCUCUGAGGUGCCACUAAGUAGAUUUAGAUAUUUUGUUUUUAAAACCGAUUAAUUCAUAUAAUUGUGUCUAUGCAUUUUUUCCCCUCCCUUCUCAUUGUAAGUUGCCCCUUCAUAUUGGACCAAUCAACUGUCAAGUUUGAGAAAUAGACGGAUCCUCAUGCAUGUCAUAUUCUCUUUUCAAUCCACAUAUUGCUGCCAUGCCAAGGGCCCCGUAAUAUUAGUGUACUGUAUUUGUGUAUAUAGUUCUGUAAAUAAUUAUUCAUUCUGUUCCUUUAUGUUAUAAAACGCUACUAAUGUGCUCUUCCAGCACAGCAGCUAUUGUCUUUUAACUAACAUAUUAAUGAAUAGACUGACAGAUUGAUUGAUGUGCCAUGACGUCUUCCAAUCAUACGCCUUAAUGCAACUAUCGAAAGCAGCGUGUUGGUAUGAAAGAACUCAUUUCUGCUGGUUACAGAAAUUACACGGCCUCCAAACACUUGGACCAACAUGGAUCUGCUUAAGUCAUUUCAGGUCUACCUGUUACAGAUGUUUUUGUUACAUAAUGCAUGCUUUACUGGCCCUUUCAUACAAGCCUAAGCAUUAUACACAAUCCUAUAAUGUGUAAACAGGACUGAAAAGCAAUUUCAAUAUCAGGAAUGUAGGCUUAAUUUACAUUCUAACAUCUUACAUUGUCGGUAGAUAAGAAAUCUCACAGCUGAUUUCCAGUUGACGGGAUGUUCAACAUUCUUUUGUACAGUUGUCGCUAGACUCAUAAUCCUUUAAACUGAGAGUGAAGAAAGAAAAUGGACACUAAUGGACUUGACCAGGGCACAUGUGAACACUUUAGAGGAGCUGGAAAGAAAACCGUAGAGUCUUUGGCUCACAACAAGCUCUCUGAUGAAUCUGCCUUUCUAUUAUCACAUCUAUUUGGAUCGAUUUAACAGAGGAAGUAGUUUUGUAAUGGAUCCAUUGGUUGACAGGCAUUACUUAGUUUCUUUUUGGCCGAUUCCUGGUCCUGAUACCUCUGCCACACACAGAUCUGAGACUGACAUUGCAGUCUUGAAGUAUUUAGAAGAAGGGCUGACUGUAGGUUUGAACAGUGUUGUGUUGUCCCAAAAAACAACAGUGGGUGAACUGCAGCUCUUAGAAUCACACAAGUGUGGCAGCGAAGUGAUCGUUUGCCAAGGAUUUUCCUUUGCAGACCUGAAGAAAAUGCAGAGAGAAUAUGCACAGGAAGUACAUUGACAGUCUGUUUUGACAAGACUGUAUUGAAGAAACGGUGGAUGCAGUAUUUAUGCAUAUUCUAGUUGUUUUUGACAUUAAUGUAUGUUAAUCAAAUUGAUAAAAAUGUAUGCUUGUGCAAAGAAGUUAUGGAGUUUGGGUCAAUGUUAUGUGUUUUUUUUGUUAUUUUCAUUUUUUGCCUUGCUCUUUUGGUUUGAAUCAUUUCAAUGCUUAUUGUUCAAAUCUUUGUCGGAUCAUGUUACAGAACAUUUUGAUGAUGCACCUUAAUGCUUCACAAAACUAAAGUUUUAUCUAGAAAAAAAAACGAUCUACCCCACAACAAGCUAAUAUCACUAAAAAGCUAGAGCUAUAAACUCACAGUUGAAAAGUAGACAUUUCAGGAUUGGCUUUGGCACUGAUAUUAAAAACAAAGAUAAGCAGUCUGCUAUAUUCUACUGCUUUUUUUUCUUGCUUCUUGUCUCACAGCAGGUUUUUCACACCAUUUUUAAAGUUUAUAAAUUAUUUGUGAAUGUCAAAAGUUACCUAAAUUUGUCCUACAGUACAACAUUAACAUUUUUACAUUUUAUAAUCAAUUUUUUAUCCCCUCUCUGGAUACUGGGUCUAUAUAAUAAUGGAUGAAGUUACUUUUAUAAAAACUAAUAUUGGACACAAUGUUUCAUAUUCAUUUCACUGUUCAAUGUGGUGCUUUAAUCUGCUCUGUAUAAUGCCUCUUCUUAUAGACCUUUGUAGAUUUGAGGUUCUGAAAUUCAUAACUCAAAAUCUGAUUUUGGAUCAGCUUUCAGUGGCUUAAUUUCACAAUUGGCUUGUGGGGAAUUUUUCUGGAAGUCUAAGCACACAGAUAUAAAGGUUUUUUUUGUUUGUUUUCGUCUUCACCAUUCAGGCCUCACUCUCAUUUAUGUUUCUGUGUUAUUUAUUAAUCUGUGUUUAUGAUCUCAAGAUGCAACAAUCACUGCCUUUCUCUGACCAACACUCAGUACUGAUCAAUCUAUUCUUAUAGGCUAGAAUGAUGUUCCGCUCCUCUAAAACCACACUAAAACAUCUUAAUCUAAAAUAUCCCAAAAGUUAAUCUUUUGGCCUGACAAUAAUGCAAACGUAAUGCGAAUGAAAGUGCAACUUUGACACUAAACAGACCAACCAAUCUACUGCAAUAUGAACAUUUCUGCCAAUGUAUUUCAGUGAUUGUAUUUAUUAAGAAAUUUCUUGUUUUUCUUUUUUACUUUGUGGACCUGUAUGGAUUUUGAAUUCUCUAUGUACCGUAGAUGAUUGUAUGUAUUAUGUAAUCUGUCUGCAAUUUCUGUGAUCUAAGUAGUAUGUAUUUUAUUUUGGGUCUGAGGGAAGUUCUUGACAAUAUAAACCAUUUUUGUAUUUUGUGUUUGUGUCCAUGGUAAAUUCAUUAUAAAUCUGUGAAAGCUCUUCCUCAGCUUUUCUACUUGUGAAUGUCUGGCGGUGUCAGGAACAAUAACUGGCAACCGUAAGUGCUUUGAGGAUUAUAUUUUUACCUGGUCUGUAUAAAACAUGUAUAUAUUAUGUAUAUAAGCAAGUCACGGAAAUGCCUUUUUCUUGUGUGGUGUUUGCAGCCUGUUUCUUCUACCAUCUUUCAGUGAAGUGGUGAUUCUGUUUUUUCACAUCGUCUUUCUGAUUUAAGAAGAAUAAAAUAUUUUCCAAAUCA